UUUCAUGUAAGGCAACUAUUUGUAUUAUACAAAAGAAAGAAAACAAACUGCACUGACGGUACAAGCAACCUCCUAGGCGGAAGUAUAAUAUCACAUGCAAUGCCUAGGACUAUAGAUCUAUUCUUUGAAGAAGCCUUGUUCACGAAACAGGAAGUUAUUUAGUGUACUUAAAGGUUAUUUAGAUAGCCGAUUGUCAGACACAGAGAACAGAUUCAAUGUAAAUUUUGAAAAAUGGGCGACACACAUUUCAUUGUGGCUGCAAUAGACUUCGGGACGACUUAUUCCGGAUACGCGUUCCAGCUUACACAAGACUAUGACUCAAAGAAUCCUACCCUUAAGAUAAUGAGUCCCCAAGCCUGGAACGGCGGAAGAACACAACUGACGUCAAUGAAAACUCCGACAUGUCUUCUGUUAGAUAACAACGGCGAUCUGGACUGUUUUGGUUAUGAAGCAGAAGACAGAUACGCGGACCUUUGUUUGGACAAUGACCACGGUAACUGGUACUACUUCCGACGAUUUAAAAUGAGGCUCCACGAUUCCAGCGGCCUGGGUACCCAUACCGAAAUUGCCGACGAGUCUGGUCGUAGGUUACCAGCGAUCAAAGUGUUCAGUCGGUCAAUAGAAGCACUGACAGGUCAUCUGUUUAAACUUCUUGAGGACAAAAGCAUCAGUGUCAAACCAACUGAAAUCAAAUGGUUGCUUACAGUUCCCGCCAUAUGGGACGACACGGCAAAAGGUUUCAUGCGAGAAGCUGCCAAGAGAGCCGGCAUUCCAUCUGAAAAUCUGACAAUAUGCCUUGAGCCCGAGGCUGCUUCCCUUUUCUGUCAGUAUCUUCCGGUUGAGAAGUUCAGCAUGUGUGGAGAGAAAGGUUUCUCUGACUCAAAGCCUGGAACCACGUACAUGAUCGUUGAUCUCGGAGGUGGCACGGCGGACAUAACUGUUCACGAGAAGGUUUCUGCCGGCAACCUGAAAGAAGUACAUCGAGCAAGUGGAGGACCCUGGGGUGGGACAUUCGUUGACAGCGAGUUCAUCCAACUGAUCAGCUCUAUUGUAGGAGGUCCCAUUAUGGCCGCCUUCAUGAAGGAGCAAAAGUAUGACUACUUAGAACUCAUGCGUGAAUUCGAAGCAGUCAAGAGGAAGAUUGGUCUCGGCACGAAAGACACGAUCAACAUGAAGCUACCCGUGUCUUUGAACGAGACCUGUCUAAAAGUUGUAAAGAAAGAUUUAAAGCAGCUCAUCAAAGACGCAAGAAAAGAUAAGCAGAUAACCUUCGUCAGCGAUAAGGCAAAGUUUGAUGCAAAGCUUCUGCAAGGUUGCUUUCGCAAGGCAACUGAUAAGAUUGUUUCUCAUAUGAAAGGCAUAUUUGAAAAAGAACCAUGCGGAAAGAAAAUUUCUAUGAUACUGAUGGUCGGUGGUUUUUCUGAGUCGCCAUUCGUCCAUGACGUGAUAAAAGAUGCGUUCGGAAACAAAGCCGGGUUGUCGAUUCUGAUCCCAAAUGAUGCUGGAAUAUCAGUUGUUCAAGGAGCCGUCGUAUAUGGUCGACAGCCGAAAACCAUUACGUCUCGUAUUCUAAGAUUCACAUACGGGGUGAAAGUCUCUCCUGAAUUCGUACAAGGAAAACACGAUCCAAAACGUCACACGGUCCUAGACGGUGUCGAGAGAUGUGAUGGUUGCUUUUUUAAGUUUAUCGACAUCGGUACCACUGUGGAGAUCGGUCAUAAGGUUACUGAAAAAUAUAAAAACGCAGUCGCCAAUAGUACGUCAGUGACUGUUGAAGUAUUCAUAGCCGAUGAAACUAAUUCUUCACCAACUUAUGUUGAAGAACCAGGUUGCAGAUCCAUUGGGUCACUCGACGUUACCAUUAAAAAGUCACCAAAAAUACGAGACAUUGCAGUCGAGUACAUUUUUGGUGAUACCGAGCUUCAUCUGACGGCGUAUGACAUAGAGACCAAAGAACCUUGCCAAGCCAAUCUAAGAAUGUUCGAAUAAAAAAGAUCAAGACUGCAGACAUUAGGAUAUAAGAAUUCUUUUAAAAGUGUUAGCCGUUAAAAUACACGUAUAAUUGUACAACAAACAGCAGUCAUUGUGUAACACAUUAGCACAUUUUUUAAAUGUAUUUGAGAUUGGAUUAAAGUAAUAUAUUUAGUAACCCAUACGUCCAAAAUGGGUGGCCCUUUAUCGAGAGUGGUGUCAUUAUAUUCGACUAACACUUUCUUGUAUACAUGUAAUUGUAUUUUGUUGUUAGCAUGCUUUUUAGACAAUGUAUUUACCUUCUAAUUGAUUGGUGCACACAAAUGUUUGUGUUUCAACGAUGCACAUUAUCUUAGAAAGCCUAUAUACCUAUAUGCCUAUAACAGGUGUUUUCAUUGUAUUCAUUGGGUUGUAUGUUGAACAGCAGUUUUUGUUUUAUUUUAUUUUGUUGUGUUUUUACAUUUGUUUUUUUUUAAUUCGCUAAAAAGGUUGUAUAUGUUAAGAGUUGGUUCCUUUUUAUAGAAGAAAUUAAUGUGAGCAUAAUACUUCCUGUUACAGUUGCAUACUUUGCAAUUAUCUGUGAAUGUUAGAUUUUAUGUAUAACAUACUUGUAUUUAGAAUUUAUUUUUUAAGAUUUUAUGGAAUAUAAUGUAUUUGUGAAGUAAUCAAGAAUUUAUCUUUAUAUUUUAUAUUAUAGUUCAUAAUUGUGUUGUAAUAAUGAAUUUAUUUUUCUAUUUUAUUUAAUAGUAUAAUUAUACUCAUUUAUAAGCUUAAUUCCGUUGUACCUUAGUGAUGUUGCUGAUUUUUCUUGUGUUAUUAUUGCAUUAUUGCGACUUGUAUUUACCUUCGACAUAAUUGCCACGUCAUGCAAAAAUUGGUCUUAUACCAGACCAGCCUGCGCAUUCGCCCACACUGGUCAGCAGCUAAUGAUACCGAGAGAUCCCGCGAGAGUUUAUAACGGAACGGGUAGAUUGCGCGACUGAACAGACUGGUCUUGAGUUACGCUGGACGCGUAUGGCAUUUUGCCCAUUUCGCACUGUGCAUUACAACCUUAAAGUAAUCGUGCAUGACAAAGCUUGACAUCGUCACAAACCCUUUAUGAUAAUCAACAAAAAAUGUAAUCACACACACGGCUUUGCAAGUAAACAACCAACAAACUUUAUCACAUUAAUUUGUUAUUACAUAUCGUUUUGUGUAUUUAAAAUAUGAAUUUUAUUAUUAUUUAUACGAAAAAAAGUUAUCAUGUGUAGAUGGACAUUGGCUAUUGACGUACUAGUACCUUCUAAAUAGAUAUAACACGCCUAUGCUAUCUUUAUACAGAAAGUUGAUGACUUUAGUCGAAAUUCAGGAAAUACACUUGGCUUUGAUGUGUUUACCCCAGCAUGUGUACAUAUCUGGUGCAUAUUUGUUGUUACAAUCAAUUUAAAUGAUUAUAAAAUUUGUUUAUUUUUAGUGUCAUUCAAAUAAACUCUUGAUUUGCCGAUUAUUUGUUCAAACUAGUGAGUGAUGCAAAUCCCACUAGUGAGUGAUGCAAAUCCCACUAGUCAGUGAUGCAAAUCCCACAACUGAAUGAUGCAAAUCGCACUAGUUAGUGAUGCAAAUCCUACAAGUGAAUGAUGCAAAAGGCACUAGUGAGUGAUACAAAUCCCACUAGUGAGUGAUGCAAAUCCCACUACUGAGUGAUGCAAAUCCCACUAGUGAGUGAUGCAAAUCCCACUAGUGAGUGAUGCAAAUCCCACUAGUGAGUGAUGCAAAUACCACUAGUGAGUGAUUCAAAUCCCACUAGUCAGUGAUGCAAAUCCCACUAGUCAGUGAUGCAAAUCCCAAUAGUGAAUGAUGCAAAUCCCAAUAGUAAAUGAUGCAAAUCCCACUAGUCAGUGAUGCAAAUCCCACUAGUGAGUGAUGCAAAUUGCACUCGUGAGUGAUGCAAUCCCACAAGUGAAUGAUGCAAAUCGCAUUACGUAAUUCAAGUCGCAUUUAGACAUGACACAUAUUAAAUGCAAUGCUUAUUUACAGUGACGGAAAACAUGGUACACAAUGAUUUACGAAUAAUAUUUAAAACGAGACCUUAAUUUU